GGGGCGGGCGAUGGAGAGCAGAUUUGAGCUCCUGGGACACCUUCGAGCCCGCUGCUGCCCAGCUUCCCAGGAGCCCGGGAUCCCGGCCAGGCUCUCAGAACACCCGCCCCAGCUCAUGGCUUCUACCACCUCCGCUGUGCCCUGGACCGUCUCUCAAUCUCUCCCACCUGGCAACAGCAGCAAGAAGAAGCCUGACGACCCCCGGGACCCACUGCUAGCUCAGGCGGAGCUAGCCCUGCUCUCCACAGUCUUUGUGGCUGUGGCCCUAAGCAAUGGCUUGGUGCUGGGGGCCCUAGCACGGCGGGGCCGGCGGGGUCGCUGGGCGCCUAUGCACGUCUUCAUCGGCCACUUGUGUCUGGCUGACCUGGCUGUGGCUCUGUUCCAAGUGUUGCCCCAGCUGGCCUGGGAUGCCACCGACCGUUUCCACGGGCCUGAUGCCCUGUGCCGGGCCGUCAAGUACCUGCAGAUGGUGGGCAUGUACGCUUCCUCCUACAUGAUCCUGGCCAUGACAUUGGACCGCCACCGUGCCAUCUGCCGCCCUAUGCUGGCAUACCGCCACGGAGGUGGAGCUCACUGGAACCGGCCGGUGCUGGUAGCCUGGGCCUUCUCGCUCCUUCUCAGCCUGCCCCAGCUAUUCAUCUUUGCCCAGCGCGAUGUGGGAGAUGGCAGCGGGGUCUUUGACUGCUGGGCCGACUUUGCCGAACCCUGGGGCCUCCGUGCCUACGUCACCUGGAUUGCCCUAAUGGUAUUUGUGGCACCUGCCCUGGGCAUUGCCGCCUGUCAGGUGCUCAUCUUCCGGGAGAUUCAUGCCAGCUUGGUGCCAGGGCCAGCAGAGAGGGCUGGGGGACGCAGAGGAGGGCGCCGGACAGGCUGUCCCCGAGAGGGAGCACGGGUGUCGGCAGCCAUGGCCAAGACCGUGAGGAUGACGCUGGUGAUUGUGAUCGUCUACGUGCUGUGCUGGGCACCCUUCUUCCUCGUGCAGCUGUGGGCAGCGUGGGACCCGGAAGCGCCUCGGGAAGGGCCCCCCUUCGUGCUUCUCAUGCUGCUGGCCAGCCUCAACAGCUGUACCAACCCCUGGAUCUACGCCUCCUUCAGCAGCAGCGUCUCCUCGGAGCUGCGCAGCCUGCUCUGCUGUGCCCGGAGGAGUACCCCACCCAGCUUGGGGCCCCAAGAGGAGUCCUGUGCCACUGCCAGUUCCUUCCUGGCCAAGGACACUUCCUCCUGAGAAGCCAGGGGGCGCCUUUCCUUCCAGAGGCUCCACAAAGCUCAGCUGCCUGCCUGGGGCUGACCCUGGAAGCCACUGGGAGAGGGCCUCCCCCCACCGAAUGGGAAUCGGCUCUGGAUCGUGCGGGGCCCCAGAGGUCAGCUCCUUGGCACUGGGUAUGGGGAGGAGCUGCAGUAGCAUGGCGGUGGCCCAUGGCUUCCGCUCUAGUCAGUGCCUGCCAGUGAGACAGAGGUCCCAGGGAGCCCAGGAGGAAAGAAAGGAGAUGAGACCAGAGGACCUUCAUUUCUCCAUCUCUCUACUUCCCCUCAGCCCUCCCUUCUCACUCUCUCCCUAAUAAAAGUUUCAGCUCAUUUUCCA